AUGUCGUCUAAUUAUGUUGUACUACCAAAUGAAGUUGUUCGUUUGAUUUUAUUACAUUGUCAAACAUCCAAAGAUUAUUUAUCACAAUCGUUAGUUAGUCGUCAAUGGUCAUGUGAAGCUCAUCGAUUAAAAUCAUUGAUGAAAACACGUUUUUCACGCAAGAUAACAUUACUUAAUUAUCGAUCAGUUAUAUGGAAUUUUGAUAUACGUGUAACUGUUGUUGGUUAUGGUGAACAUCUUCAACGUCAUGGCUUAGAAGAAUGCGUACAAACUUAUCAUCGUGUUGGAGGACCUGGUGCAGAAGUUUAUUAUUUAGAACGACAUUGGCAAGAAGGAAAAUUACAUGGAUUAGAAAUUAUUCAUGAGAUUAAUAAAAUUUGGUACAAGACAUAUUAUUCAAAUCAAGCAGAAAUAUACGAUGAAAUGAUUCAUCAUCCUUAUGAUGGAUUAAAAGCAGUAGAGUCAAUGAAAAAAUAUGGACGACAUCAAAUAGUACCAAAGAAUGGAAUGUUACCCGAGGGAUGUGAUUAUCUUGGUAAAAUUAUAUUUAAAUAUGAAUGGAUAUCAUGUACAUUAGAAGAAAGUAACCAAAUCAAACGAAAUUUAAUAAAUAAAUAUGAUCAAUCCGAUAUCAAUGGUUUAUAUGAUGUUAUUGAUACAAUUGAUUUAUAUCAAAUAUCUCUGAAAGAAUGA